AUGCCACGGCCCGCCAGACAUGAUCAACUCCCUCGACUUACGCGCUUGAUCAAUUGGGAAUCUCUGGGCUCAAUGACAGACGAGACCGAUGCGGAUUCGGCAUCAACGGCUAGAGACUACGGCUUACCGAUCCUCGGCACAGAUUCCUUGCCAUUGCCACGCGGCAUUCCCGAUGCCGCUAGGGGGAACGGCCCUUUUCAAGACGCUCUUCAAACCCAAAAUUGCCUAGAAGCGCUCCCGGACCACACGGAUACAGCCUUAGAGUCUCGACCAAUCCAGUGCGUGGAGAACUCAUCCAACACGAGCCCUCCUCAAGGCCCAUUCCAUGACGAGAGUACGAGCGGCCGUCUGCAGCAGUGCCUAUAUACGUUACAUUCGGUGGGUUUCUCUUCGGUCGACGCAUUUGCCCUUGAAUACUAUACGGCACGUCUGGGCCCCUUGCCGGAAGCGUCCGUGGCGAAGCAGCCACAAGGUUUGAGCACCCUUGGCCAAUUGGUCAUGGUGCUACAGAAUGCAUCAACGCGAAUGGGCACUGUCGAAGCGGCGGGCUUACUGCACGGUAUCGCAAAAGCUGCCCACGACCUAUAUAUCUCUGAACUUCGCGCCUUGGAUUAUACAUUAUACAAUCCCGAAGAAGCGGAGCAUCAAACAUGUCUGCCCGAGGCAGACAUUAUAUAA